GGUUAAUAAGAGUUUUAUUACCAUAAAUAGGCAUAGCCCAAGUACACAGGAAGUAUACAAGAGGAAAUGCCUACAUAAAGUGGCUAAGAAGAAAGAAAAAAACUAGAAAAACUCCAACAUUUCAUCACUAUUCAAUACAAAAGCCUUAGCCCAAAGACAUAGUGUUUUGAGAAAAAAUCCCUAAUUUCUUCCAACAAACGUUCUCUGUCUUCAAAACAUCUCCCAUUCCUUUCUAGCCAUAGACACCACAUCAAACACAAACGAAUCAUUCUCUAAAUGGUAGUGAUAGGGAGACACCGCCCAGCAUACUUCCAGCAAGCAAGUAAAUUCACCACAUGCUUUGGCAUCACCCAAGAAAUACCCAUCCUUCCAAAAAUAACAUUCCACAAACUUUUAGCCACCUCACAAAGUAGAAACAAGUGAUUAACUGAUUCGCCACCUUUCUUACACAUAAAACACCAAUCAACAGUACAAAGACCACAUUUUCUUAAAUUUUCAGUGGCCGGAAUUUUUUCAUGAGGCACAAGACAACAGAAGAAAGCUACCUUAUUCGGCACUUUAACUUUUCAAAUACCUACCUUAUUAUGUUCUUAUUAUUUUACCUAAAUCAUAUAUGGGCUAGGGGGAGAAAAUAAAACUCUUAUGAGUUUCACUAGUUACAGCCUCCAAGUGUAAUUUUCAUUCAACUUUAAUUUUCUCCGAAUGAAAUUUUCACUAGCUCUCAGGAUUUUGUAUUGCUCCUCUGUUUUUCUGAUUAAGCAUUAUCUUAAAUACUCCUCGUAUACCUUGAUAACAUCCUUUUUGAUUGUCAAUAAAGUUCAACUUAUUAACAAAAAGUUCACGUUUUAUAAUUUUACGUCUUGAAUGAUUAUAAGCUUUUGCUUUCGUUUUUUGAACUAUUGUUUGGAAAUAAUGUGAUCUUCAAAGAGUGUUGCCAAUUCUUCUUAGCAAUUUCAGCUUGAAUAGUUAUAUGAAGGUCAUUUAGGCUGUAGAAUUUCUUUUUCCCAUUUUGAUCCAUAAAUAAUGGUUCAAUGUUACAUUAUGCAUGUUAGGUUAUCACCCCAGGGGAAUUUUUACAGAUUUGCAGCAUGCUAACAGUGAAGAUUUAUAUUUUGAACACCUAUGCAAUCAUAUGUUGGGUUCUUCUUAUCUUGAUAAGAAUAUGUUUAGGGCUCAUUUAUCUGCCGUCAUUUAUGGCUUUUUUGUUGGAUCAAUCACUCUUUGGAGGGACACUAGGAUUUGGGUUCCUUUUAGUUUUCUGGAGGAGCCAUUUUCAAAAAUGGCUACGACGUCUAACACUAAUGUAUUUUUUUUAUAUUCUAGCUUCUUUUACUGUAUAUCAGAAUAACCUUAUAUGUGAUGAUAUACUUCUUAUAUGCUCUCUCUCAAUUUUUACUGUAUUUGGUUUUGUUUUCAGCCGAGACAACCUGUGUAAGAAUUGCAAACGUCCAGGUCAUUAUGCUAGAGAGUGCCCUAAUGUUGCAAUUUGUCACAACUGUGCCCUUCCUGGGCACAUUGCUUCAGAAUGCACCACAAAGUCGUUGUGUUGGAACUGUCGAGAACCUGGUCACAUGGCCAACAACUGUCCCAAUGAGGGCAUCUGCCACACCUGUGGUAAGGCGGGACAUCUUGCUAGAGAGUGCACAGCUCUGCCACUGCCACCUGGGGAUUUGAGGUUGUGCAACAACUGCUAUAAGCAGGGUCAUAUUGCAGCUGAAUGCACAAACGAGAAGGCAUGCAACAAUUGUAGGAAGACUGGCCACCUUGCACGCGAGUGUCCAAAUGAUCCUAUCUGCAACUUGUGCAAUGUAGCUGGGCACAUGGCUAGACAGUGCCCAAAAACCAACCUUAUAGGAGAACGGGGCGGUGGUGGUGGUGGCGGCAUUCGUAGCAAUGGCUACCGCGACAUUAUAUGCAGAAACUGCCAGCAGAUAGGUCAUAUGAGCAGGGAUUGCAUGGGCCCCUUGACAAUCUGUCACAACUGUGGUGGCCGGGGGCAUCUGGCAUAUGAAUGCCCUUCCGCUAGGUUUAUGGAUCGCUAUACAAGGAGGUACUGAUGGAUGCAGACCAUGUUCAGGGCGAGCAAUUUUUAUAUAUUUAUUUAUUUUUAUCAUCCUUUUAAGGCCAUCGGUAUUGGGACUUGAUAUAUUACGAAAGUGUAUUUGAAGCGUUUUGUGCUAGAGAUGUUGCUGAAUUAGUUUGUUUGUGCUUGAGUUUGGAAUAGGCCAUCAGAACUUUAUGUUAAUAAAAGCUGUACGCCGAUUGUUAACUAAA